AGAGGAGAGAGUGAGCACAGCAUGAAAAAGAAGAUCGUGAGCUUGUAAGAGAAAGUCAAGACGGGGCAGAAAAGAAAGGGAGGAAGUCUGAUAAACAGAUAAGGGAAAUGUGUUUGUUGUCUGAUUAGGUCGAGCCAGCGUUUGUUUAUCCGCCCGGUUGAAAAUGGCUAUGAGGGUGUGUGGGGAACAGAAACGAUAUGUGUCUACUCUCAGAAUCCAGCUGUCAGCACCAGCAUCUGGAGGAGUCUCACACCACAUCAUUUCACAGAGAAAGACCCGAGACAGUCCAGUUAACUCUGCAAAGAACGAUGUGGACGUGCCAGUUUUCCUUGAACCUCUGCAGGACUGUGUGGCUGACAAAGGAAGUGACAUCACACUAAAGGGCAUCAUCACUGGGAGUCACCCAAUCAGGGUGUCCUGGCUACAUAAUGGUCAGCCAGUGAGAUUUGCUAGAUGCUCAUUUGUGAGUGGAGAAGCGAGGCUGGUUGUUAGGAAAUGUGUCCCCGAGGACGGUGGAGCUUACACAUGUGUAGCUGAAAACACCUCGGGAAAGACGUCCAGCAGCUCGGCGGUGUGUGUCAGAGAGACCCAACAUAAUCACGCGCAGUCUCCUUCGUCCUCGCCUCGUACCCCUGGUGUAGAAAAUUGCGUCUUUAAAUCACCUAAAAGCACUUUAGAGGACAUUAGUGUGUUCAGAGGAACAUCGCAAUCGACGCAAAGUCCUCGAACGCCAACCAGCCCGAGAGAGCUCCCUGUGAAGAGGAGAAGCAGCUCAGGUACAGCCAUCCCUCUGCAGAUUGCAUGUUCAGAUGGUGCUCAGGUGGAGGUGCACAGCGGUGAGACGGCUCGUUUGAGCUGUACAUUCACAGGAAGCUCGCCGAUCGUCGCCUGUUGGAUUUAUAACAAAAAAGAGGUCCUCCAGGACUCCAGGUUCAGGAUCGAGGACAGCAGUGAGAACAGCAGUCUGAUCAUCUCAAAGACUCGACCCGAGGACUCGGGACGGUACACGCUAGUUGUGCUAGACCGUAGAGGCUCCGCCCAGCACUCAGUCACACUGUCUGUCAUCGAGAGACCACAGCGUCUUACCUUGCCCCCAGUGGCCCACAUACUCUCCUCACACUCCCUGGUCCUCUCCUGGUCAGGCCCGUGCUACGACGGUGGUUCGGCCAUUACCCGUUACGUGGUGGAAGUUCAGCAAGUUAGCUUGACCGGGACAGGUUGUUGGACCGAGCUCUCAGACAGCUGUAAAAGCACUUCUCUCAGGGUGACCACCGGACUCCAGCCCCAGGCCGAGUAUCGCUUCCGGGUCAGAGCCGGCAACGCCGUGGGACUGAGCGACCCAAGUCCAGAGUCUCAGGUGAUCAGGAUGGACAGCGGUGCAGGGGAGCCACAUGUAGAAAAGAGAAGCGAUUACAUCACCGUGACCAUUGACGAGAAACACAAAGUCACUGACCACUACGAUGUGCUGAACAAACUGGGAGUAGGGAAGUUCGGUCAUGUGUAUCGCUUGACCCACAAGGAGACUGGUCAGGUAUUUGCUGGGAAGUUCUAUAAAGGUCGGCGUGCGAAAGAGAGAGACGCAGCCAAGAAAGAAAUCGAGCUGAUGAACUCCCUCCAUCAUCCCAAACUGGUGCAGUGUCUGGCAGCAUAUGAUAACAAGCCUGAAAUAGUGAUGGUGAUGGAGUUUAUUCCAGGCGGGGAGCUCUUUGAACGUAUUGUAGAUGAUAACUUUGAGCACACAGAGCAAUCCAGUGUCGGUUACAUGCGUCAGAUCUUGCAAGGAGUUCAGUACAUGCACCAGCAGAACAUCGUGCACAUGGAUCUGAAACCAGAGAACAUCGUGUGUGAGGACAGAACCGGAUUUCAGAUCAAGAUUAUUGACUUCGGGCUCGCCUGCAAGCUGGACUCCUCCAUUCCUCUGAAAGUGAUGCAUGGUACCCCUGAGUUUGUGGCUCCGGAGGUCAUCAACUACGAACCUGUGCAUCUGAAUACUGACAUGUGGAGCAUUGGAGUGAUCUGUUAUAUACUGUUAAGUGGUGAAUCUCCAUUCCAGGGAGACAGCGAUACAGAGACACUGGCGUUAGUGACCGCGGCCCAGUGGGAGUUUGACGAGGAUAGUUUUGAGGACAUCACAAGCCAAGCCAAAGACUUCAUUAGCUCUUUACUGCAGAAGAAUGUCAGGCACCGGAUGUCCUGUGAUGAAGCUCUGGCUCAUUCCUGGCUCGCGACAUUAGAGUCAGCAGACCCCGGCGCAGCCAAGAACCUCUCCAAAGACAAGAUGAAGAAGUUCUUAGCCAGGCAGAAGUGGAAGAAAACAGGCAAAGCCGUGCUGGCUCUGAAAAGGAUGGCCUUGCUGUCCAAAUCUGACAACUCCUCAUGUCUGACCAGCCCUGUGGAUGAUACAGAGCAUGUCCUCAAGUCCCUGGAGAAGAGGAUGCAGUCGAAACCCGAGUUCCUUAAGACGCCGUGCGACGUGAAGGUCUUUAAGGACUCCACCGUGCAGCUUAUCUGUUGUGUCACUGGUUACCCAGAUCCUGACGUGCUCUGGCUGAGGGAUGGUGAAGCCCUGGAGAAGCAGGAAGGCCGUAUACAGGUGGAUUAUGAGGAAGACGGGUUGUGUUUCCUCACGCUGGAUUGUGUCUCCCUGCAGGACACUGGCACAUACACCUGUAAAGCCAUCAAUGUCCAUGGAGAGGCGCUCUGCUCAGCUAAAAUUACUGUAGCGGACCAGGACUAAGACAUUUUGAUGAUCCUUAGAGAUAUAUAUAUAUAAAUAUAAAACUGUAUGUCUUACUGACUGUCACUUUUUAUAUUCCUCUUUACUGAACAAAAAUCUUGACAUACACAUAUAGUAGUUUGUCUUUUUUGUAAAUGGCAGACUUCCCAUGGUUGGACAAAAUGUCUAGUUUAUUUUCAAUUAAAAGCAAUGUAAAAUUGUAUUUUUAAAAAUGUGGAAAUCUGUAGCUUUUUCAUGUAUUGUUGUUGAUGUUUGAGAGCAGUUCUUCACGCAUCCAUUAGUUUGAUGGGUUUGUAACAUCCAACUUUGAGAUUGUAUUUGUAUCCAAGUUAAAUGUUUUUGCUUCUCUGCCAAAAUACACAAAUCAGAAAACGGA